AUGGGGUCCUCAUCAGUAGAAUCAACAGUGUACACUCUCACCGAAGGCCAACCUCAACCUCGCAAUGACACAAGUGCCGGCUUGCAGACGACCAAUGGCGGCUCAUACAUGCUUCUCAGCGACACGCAAUUGAUCGAGACUCUCGCUCACUUUUCACGAGAACGGAUCCCCGAGCGCGUCGUCCAUGCAAAAGCGGCCGGCGCAAAAGGCUACUUGGAGGUCACUGACGAUAUUUCUGACAUUACGGACGCAGAGUUUCUCACAGGCAUUGGUAAGAAGACUGAGCUCAUCACUCGUAUCUCAACAGUAGGUCCAGCAAGAGGGUCUGCAGAUACAGUCCGCGAUGUGCGUGGCUGGGCAAUCAAAUUCAAGACAAGAGAAGGUAACAAUGACUGGGUCUUCAACAACCAGCCCGUCUUCUUCAUCCGCGACCCCAUCAAAUUCCCCUCCCUGAACCGCUCCCACAAGCCCCACCCAACGACCAAUGCUUCCUCCUCAGACAUGUUCUGGGACUUUCACGUCCACAACCCCGAAGGCAUCCACACCCUCUUCUUUCUCUUCGGCACACGCGGCACACCCGCAACACUCCGCCACCAAAACGGCUACUCCAACCACACCUACAUCUUCACCAAAGACAACGGCUCCUACCACUAUGUAAAGAUCCACCUCAUCUCCAACCAAGGCAUCCGCACCCUCUCCAACGCCUCAGCCGCUCAUAUCGCCGGCACUUCGCCCGACUACCACAGCCUAGACCUACGCACCGCCAUCACCGAAGGCAACUUACCCACCUGGACCGUCUCAAUCCAAACCAUGCAACCCUCCACCGUUCCCACGAGCGGCCUCUCCAUCUUCGACCCCACGCAAAUUUGGCCGCACUCAUCCUACCCUCUCCGCAAAAUCGGCACCAUCACCCUGAACCAGAACCCCUCGAACUAUUUCACCGAGAUCGAGCAAGCGACUUUCUCGCCCAGCAACAUGGUGCGCGGGAUCCUGCCCUCGGCGGACCCAGUGCUACAAGCGCGUAUGUUCGCCUACCCAGACGCAGCGCGGUAUCGACUUGGGGCGAAUUAUCAGUUUCUACCGACGAAUAGGCCGGUGAACGAGGUUUUUGCGCCGACGCAGAGGGAUGGCGCGAUGAAUUUCACUGAUAACUAUGGGGGCGAGCCGAAUUAUGUUGGGGCGACGAUCGGGAAGAGGGAGGAUGGCGGCAGGGAGGCGGAAGUGGUAAGUAAGAUGCCGGCGGUGUUUACGUCUGAGGUUACGGAGAAGGAUUUUGUGCAGCCGAGACGGCUGUGGGAGAUCAUGGGGAAUAAAGGGGAGCAGGAUGAGUUUGUGAGGAACUUAGUGGCGCAUGUGAGCGAGGUGACGGUCGAGGGAUUGAGGAAGCAGGUCUACGCUCUCUUUGCCAAGGUCGAUCAGGACUUGGGAAGGCGAUUGGAGCAAGAGACAGAGAAGAAGGUGGCGGAGAGUGCUGAGCAUCCGAAGAAAUCGGCGUGGCAUUGA